AAAACGCAAAGAGUAGAACGUGAUACACCGCGAAUUGGUCUGACUCUGACCGUCUGACGGCCUUAGAACCGAACCAGCGAACGAAUCGGAUUUUCUUUUACUUACGAAAGAAUGGCAGCCACCAAGAAAGAAGCUGCACCUAAGGUGGAGGCGGGCAAGAAGCUGCCCGCUGUACCAGAAUCAGUACUCAAGAGGAGGAAGCGUCGUGAGGUUGCUAAAGCAGCUCGCGUGCAGAGCCUCUUCAAGCGGAAAGCUGAUUUUAAGACCAAGAGGAAAGAGAUCUUUAAGCGUGCUGAACAGUAUGUUAAAGAGUAUAGAAUAAAGGAACGUGAUGAGAUCAGGCUAUUCAGACAAGCCAAGAAACAGGGAAAUUACUACAUUCCUGGAGAAGCAAAGCUUGCUUUUGUUAUGAGAAUCCGGGGUGUUAAUCAAGUUGCUCCUAAGGUUCGUAAAGUCCUGCAACUGUUUCGUUUAAGACAAAUUAAUAAUGGUGUGUUCAUCAAGUUGAAUAAGGCCACCAUCAAUAUGCUUCGUAUCAUUGAGCCUUAUGUUACAUGGGGUUACCCCAAUCUUAAGUCAGUUAGAGAACUGGUCUAUAAAAGAGGUUUUGCCAAGGUCAAUAGGCAAAGGGUUCCCAUAACAAGCAACUCCAUCAUUGAGAAGGCUUUAGGUAAUAAGGAUAUAAUAUGUACUGAAGAUUUGAUUCAUGAAAUUUUCACCGUUGGACCCAAGUUCAAGUAUGCCAGCAACUUCUUAUGGCCAUUCAAGCUCAACACACCAACCGGAGGAUGGAGAAAAAAGACUAACCACUAUGUAGAAGGAGGAGACUUUGGUAACCGAGAAGAUAAAAUAAAUGAACUUCUGAGACGCAUGGUUUAAGUUAAUUAAUGUGCUUUCAUACAAAUAAAAGUACAUUUAUAAAAAAA